AUGACCUCCUCGCUUGCUCUCCAGUCAAAUACAAAGAUACUAAACCGCCCUAAUACUAGCUCAAAGGAACAACCACAAACCAAUGGAGGAGAGUUUCCAAACAAAGAAUGUGCAAUAAAUCUACUUGCCAGACACUCUAUAGCAGCUUCUGAAGUGAGAAAUAUUUAUCAAAAGGGAAAUUUCUCCACGCCUGGGAGUUUUGAAGUUCUCCAAAUUUUGGGGAAAGGCUCAUACGGCGUUGUGGUCUCUGCUAUUGACAAAAGGGGAGUGGAUAAACCAUUUCGAUUGGCAAUCAAAAAGGUGACGAACAUUUUUCAAAGAGAGAUUCUGCUCAAGAGGGCGAUUCGCGAGCUCAAAUUUUUGAACUUUUUCCGCGGCCAUAAAAAUAUCGUUAGUUUGCUCGACCUAGAGAUCGUUUCCGAAAAGCCCUUUGACGGUUUGUACUGCUAUCAAGAGCUGGUUGAUUACGAUUUAGCCCGUGUGAUCCAUUCAACAGUGCAAUUUUCCGAAUUUCACAUCAAACAUUUUCUAUAUCAAAUUUUGUGCGGACUCAAAUACAUCCACAGUGCCGAUGUUAUUCACCGAGACUUGAAACCUGGAAACAUUCUCUGCUCGAUUAGUGGACACCUUAAAAUAUGUGAUUUCGGUUUGGCGAGAGGGGUGUCGCCGUUGUUCUCCGAGAACAAAUCUGGCGACAUACACAUAACCAAUUAUGUGGCAACUCGGUGGUACAGAGCUCCGGAAUUAAUACUCUCCCACAAACGAUACACUAAGGCUAUUGAUGUUUGGGCUGUUGGUUGUAUUUUAGUAGAGUUUUACGGGAGGAAGCCUCUGUUCAUGGGCCAAGACUCUUUGCAUCAAGUUUUUGAAAUUCUCAAAGUUUUGGGGACUCCGCAGCCCGAGAUCAUUGUCAAAUAUGGCUCUGCGCGAUCCUUUGAAGUUUUUUCUUCUAGACCAGAUGUCAGCAAAACUCAUUGGGAAUCUUUGUAUCCAGGAUCUUGCGAAGAAGCGCAAAAUCUCAUGGACGCUUUGCUAGAUUGGGACCCUGACAGGAGACUGAAAGUGGAACAAAUUUUGGAGCACCCUUUUUUCGUGGAUGUAAGAGAUGUUGGUGAUGAACCAAUCUGUUCACACGGUCCAUUUGAUUAUUCCUACGAGACUAAAUUUACAUCCAUGCAAAAGCUGAGAGAAACAAUAUAUGAAGAAGUUAGCCAGUUCAAGAGACUAGGGCGGUCUCAUAGUGUUGACAUUGUGUCACAGACAUUUUAA